GUGCCGCGCCGCUCUGGUCGGGCGCGAUGGGCCACGGGACGCUACUGCUGCUGCUGCUGCUGGCCGCCGCUGGCUCGGCGCGCAAAAAGGAGGAGGCCGUCAUUGAGGAGGUCGGCGCCAAGCAGCUGGAGCAGUUGGUGGAGGACCACGACUACGUCGCCGUCUACUGGUAUGGUCGCCGCUGCAAGAUCGACUGCGACGCCGUGUUGACCGAGCUCGAAACGAUCGACGAUGACACAGACAAGUUUGGUGUGCAGCUGGUCAAGAUCAACGACAAGAAGCUGGCCAAGAAGUACGGCAUCACCGAGUUCCCGGCACUCACCUACUUCAGAAACAAGGAACCCAUCAAAUACCAGGGUGACCUGAUGAACGAGGAUGACGUGCUGGAGUUCCUGACCAGUCUGGACGCCAUGGAGUUGCCGGAUCAGAUCGAAGAGGUCAACGCCAAAAUCCUCGACAAGAUUGUGGAAGAACAGGCCUACGUAGCAGUGUUCUUCUACAAGUCUAGCUGUCGCAAAUGUGAGCGCGCUCUCAAGGAGCUGGAGAACAUCGACGACGAGGCGGACCAGCUCGGCAUCGCCUUCGUCAAGAUCAACGACGAGGCGCUGGCCGACGAGUACUCGCUGGACACGCUGCCCACGCUCGUCUACUACCGCAACCGCAUCCCCAUCGUAUACGACGGUGACCUCACGAAGGAGGAGGACGUGUUGGAUUGGCUGGUGCAGAACAAGUCGACCGGCGACGACGACGACGAGAUCGAGGACGUCACCGAGACGAUGCUGGAAGCCAUGAUCGACUCUGUCGACUACCUGGCUGUCUUGUUCUAUCAGGAGGACGACGAAGACAGCAAAGCGGCUCUGAAUGAGCUGGAGAACAUUGAUGAUGAGUGCGACACCAGGGGCAUCCACUUCGUCAAGACGGAUGACGAAGACGCUGCCAAGGCGUACGGCAUUGAGGAGUUCCCUACACUGGUCUACUUUGAAAAUGAAAUACCGAAUGUAUACGAUGGCGACCUCCAGAACGAAGACGAGGUGCUGGACUGGCUGGUUCACCAGCUAGAGUCGGAUGAGAUCGAGGACAUCACAGACGAGAUGCUGGAUAAGCUCAUCAAGGAAGAGCGACACGUUGCUGUCCUCUUUUAUGACGAGAACGACAAAAAGUCUACGCGCGUUCUGGCCGAGUUGGAGAACAUUGACGACGAGUGCGACAAAAACAAGAUCGUAUUUGUCAAGAUCGACAGCGACGAGGAGGCCAAGGAGUAUGGCAUCGAGGACACACCAACACUGGUCUACUUUGAGGACGGCGUGCCAAGCGUAUACGACGGUGACCUGAUGAAGGAGGAGGAAGUGCUCACCUGGUUGCUGGACCAAGUGGAGAAUGAAAUGAUCGAGGAUGUGACGGACGAGAUGCUGGACAAGCUGAUCGACGGCACUGGCCAUCUGGCAGCGCUCUUCUACGACAAGGGCCAGAAGAAGUCGCAGAAGGUGCUGCAGGAGCUGGAGAACAUUGACGACGAGUGCGACGAGCACGGCAUCGUCUUCGUCAAGAUCGACAACACGGAAGAGGCGACCGAGUACGGCAUCGAGCAGCUGCCUAAGCUCGUCUACUUUGAGAACGAGAUUCCCAGUCUGUAUGACGGUGACCUGAUGAACGAGGAGGAGGUGCUCGCCUGGCUUGUCCACCAGGUUAACUCGGACGAGAUCGAGGACAUCACAGACGAGAUGCUCGACAAGAUCAUCGAGCGGAACCCCUAUGUGGCAGCCGUUUUCUACGACAAAGAUGACAAGCAGGACCUGAAGACGCUUGUCGAGCUGGAAAACAUUGACGACGAGUGCGAUAAACAUGGCAUCGUCUUCGUCAAGAUCGACAAUGACGAGGAAGCCAAGGAAUAUGGCAUUGAGGAGAUGCCCAAGCUUGUGUACUUCGAGAACCAGAUUCCCAGCGUCUACGAAGGCGACCUCAGCGACGAAGAGAAGGUUCUGGAAUGGCUAAUCCACCAGAAGGAGUCGUCCACAAUUGAAGAGGUCACGGACGAGAUUCUGGAUGACCUGGUUAAGGACCACGGCUAUGUUGCCGUGUAUUUCAGCGGUCCGUGCAAAGAGGGGGACCAGUGUAGCAGGCUGCUCGACGAGCUGGAGAACAUCGACGAUGAGACGGACGACCACGGCAUCGUGUUCGUCACCACCGAGGAGACCGACUUCGCCAAGCAGUCGGCCGGCAUCAAGAAGUUCCCGGCGCUUGUGCUGUACAAAAAUGGCCAGCCGCUGGCCUACCCCGGUAAAAUAGCGGAUGAGGAGGCCGUGCUCAAAUGGUUGACUGAUGACAAAACGCUGGAGAUACCCGAUGCCAUCGAGGAGGUCAACGGUCGCAUGCUGCACAAAUUCAUUGAGGACGAGGAUGACGACAUUGUAGCCUUCUUCUACAAAAAGAAAGACAAGAACGCAGACAUCAUUCUGCAGGAGCUGGAGCACAUCGACGACGACACGGAAAAGGCCGGCAUCACAUUUGUCAAGUGCUCCGACUCGCUGGCGGCCAAGCAGUAUCAGAUCUCCAGGCCCGCCAUUGUAUUCUUCCAUGACGACCAGCCCGUUCCGUACAAAGGUGACCUGAAGGACGAGGAGAAGAUUCUGGCAUGGCUGAUGGAGGUGAAGGACGCUGAGACGGAGGAGGUCAUCGAGGAAGUUAAGGGGGAUGCUCUGCAGAAGCUCGUCGACGACCUCGACUACCUCGUUGUAUUCUUCUACGAGGAAAAGUGCAAGAACUGCGACGCUAUCCUGGCUGAGCUGGAGAACAUUGACGACGAAGCCGAUGACGCCGGCAUCCACUUUGUGAAGACCACCGACACGGGGUUCGCAAAAGGCUUGGGCAUCCACGCCUUCCCCACGGUGGUCUACUUCGAGGACUCCGUCCCCAUUGUCUACAACGGUGACCUUAAGAAAGAAGAAGCGCUGCUGCAGUGGGUUUUGGCCCAGAAAAGCGACGCCGCCCCCACCACCGCCACCGCGCCCUUCUCGAAGGAGCAGUGUUUCUCGAUGAAGGUGGAUGGCGGCAGCGCGUACCAGUGCUGUCCGCCGCCGGGCAAACGGCCAGGAAAGCAGGGGGAGCUCACGGACGAAAAUUCGGUCCUAGACUGGGCCGUGAAGGUGAAGGAUGACGAUUCCAUUGAAGAGAUUGAUCGCCCCACCCUGCUGUCUUUGAUCGACAGCGAAGACUAUUUAGCUGUAUAUUUUUAUGUUGAUAACUCUGAGAGUCCCAAGGUGCUUAAAUAUAUGGAAAUGAUUGAUGAUGAGGCUGCCGAAUAUGGCAUCCACUUUGUGAAGAUCGAUGACAAACUGAUGGCCAAGAAGUUUGGAUUCCGGGACCCUCCUGGAUUGGCCUACUUUCGGAAAGGAAAACACAUCAAGUUCGAUGGUGACCUGUACGAUGAUGAAGAGGUACUGGACUGGCUGACGAACCCUGACAACAUGGAGAUGAGCGACGCUAUAGAAAAAAUCAACCGCAAGAUGUUCUCCCGUCUGGUGGAGAGAAACGACCACUUUUUUGCCGUCUUCUUCUAUAGCGACAAGAACUGCAAGCAGUGCGAGAAGGUGCUGCAGGAGCUCGAGCACAUCGAUGACGAGGCGGGCGCGGCCGGCAUUGACUUCGUCAAGAUCGACGACAUGGAGCUGGCGCGGCAGUACGGGGUGUUCGCGCUGCCGGCCGUCGUCUUCUUCCGCGGCGAUGCUGAGCCCGUCAUCUACGCCGGAGACAUCAAGAACGAGGAGCGGAUCCUGGAGUGGCUGCUGUUGGAGAAGAACCCGGGCAGCGAGAUGAUAGAGGAGCUGGCCGGCCAGGAGCUGCAGAACCAAAUCAGCUCGUCCGGCGCCAUCGCCGUAUACUUCUGGAACCGUUCCGUCUGCGACGGCUGUGACAUGCAGCACUUAGACCAAUACCUAGCGGUGCUAUACGAGCCGCGUAGAGUGCAGAGCAAGCCGCUCGCAAGCAAGCAGAAAAACUUGUCCGAUGAUGGUGAAGAGGAUGGCGAGGCGUCUGUUGACGAUGCGGAAGACCAUGAUGAAGACCAUGAACCCAUAGGCGAUGAUGGUGACGAUGAUCCCGAUGAUACAGAGGAUGGGGAUCAGGAUGACGAUGGCACUAAUGGUCCGUUGUCUUCAGACAACGAUUCCUGUGUCGACUGUGCCAUCAUUCUGCAGGAGCUGGAAAAUAUCGAUGAUGACACAGAUCGACACGGCAUCAAGUUUGUGAAGACCCAGGAUCUCGCCAUGGCGAACUCGUUUGGCGUGACCGAGUUCCCCGCCCUCAUCUAUUUCGAGAGUCAAAUACCAAGCGUGUUCGAAGGCGACCUUCGAGCCGAGGAAGACGUGCUGCAGUGGCUGAUCCUACAGAAGACCGAAGACAGGAUCGAGACGGUCAACCGCGGCGUCCUUGAACAAAUGCUGGAGGAAACGCAGUACCUGGCCGUCUUCUUCUACAAGCCGAACUGCAAGGCCUGUGACGUAGCGCUGUCGGAGCUGGAGAACAUUGAUGACGAGUGUGACCUCUACGGCAUCAACAUGGUCAAGAUCCAAGACCCCCAGCUGGCAAAACGCUACGGCAUUAAGACACUCCCGGCCUUGAUCUACUUCAGAAACGGCAAUCCGCUUGUCUACGAAGGAGACGUGCGGAACGCCCUCGGCGUGCUCGAGUGGCUGCUGGACGACGACAACCGCGAGCUGAUCGGCGAGAUAGAGGAGAUCAACGCGCGCAUGCUGGAGCGGCUGCUGGACGAGUCGCCGUUCGUGGCCGUCUUCUUCUCUGAUGGGAGGGAUCUGUAUGACGAGGAAUGCGGUGACUGUGAGGCGAUCCUGGAGGAGCUGGAGAACAUCGACGACGAGGCGGACAUGUAUGGCAUAGACUUCGUGAAGAUCAGCGACGAAGAAGCGGCCAAUAAAUACAAGAUUCUCCACACGCCGGCGUUGGUGUACUUCCGAAAACGAAUACCGAUCAUGUACGAAGGUGACAUGACGGACGACGAGAAGGUACUGUCUUGGUUGACCUCACAGGACGUGCUGGAGAUCAAGGACGAAAUCGAGGAGGUUAACCGGAAAAUGCUAGACAAGCUCCUCGACGAAAACGACUUCGUUGCCGUCUUCUUCUACGAGAACAACUGUCCGCGCUGCGAGGAGGUGCUGACCGAACUGGAGACCAUCGACGACGAGGCUGACAACCUCGACAUCACCUUCGUCAAGAUCCGCGACUCCCGGUACGCCAAGAAGUACGGCAUCUCCAAACUGCCGGCCAUGGUCUACUUCCGGCGGCGGUUCCCGAGCAUCUACCGAGGGGACCUGCUAAACGAGACCGAGGUUCUCGAGUGGCUACAGAAAAACCGCUACAAGCACCCCGAGCUGAACCUCUUCAUGUAUGCCAUUGGCGCCGUCUCGGUCGCCUUCGUCGGCUACACAACCUUCCUCAUCUUCUGCUUCCACGGCAACCAGAAGACGGCGUGAGGCGGCGCCGGCGGUCGCUGUGCCUAACUCUGCGGCGGUGCUCCGACCUCGAGCGCGCGCCUCGCCGCGUUCGUCGCUCGCGACGCGACGCGGCGCCGACCCCGACCGAAGCCGAGUCGGUUAGCGGCGCCGACCCCGGCCGCCAGGCGGCCUCGCUUGGCGCCAAGACACUCUCAGAGUUACCGUUCAUGUGAUACAAAACGUGCGAGCUGAGCGAGCGAGCAAGCGAGUGAGUGAGUGAGUGAGUGAGUGAGUGAGUGAGUGAGUGAGUGAGUGAGUGAGUGAGUGAGUGAGUGAGUGAGUGAGUGAGUGAGUGAGUGAGUGAGUGAGUGAGUGAGUGAGUGAGUGAGUGAGUGAGUGAGUGAGUAAGUGAGUGAGCGCGCGUGCGUGCUCGCGUGCGUGGGUGCGAGUGCAAUCAUCUCCAAUGGAAUCGUCAUCCGAGAUGCGAGGUGGGUCGCUUCGGGGGGUCUGUUUUACCGCUGUUGUGCCGUCGCGCCGACCCCGCCGCCUGCGGACGGUCCACUCUGCUCACGCGGCCGCCGCACUGACGCGUUGUUUUGCUUUUGCCUAGCCAGCCCACGUUUUUAACAGACGUUGCCGAACUGCUUCACCACUGUAGAGCUAACCAAGUGUCCGUGCCGUGUCCUUGGGCAGCGAAGGCCCCGCCGGUGCCAUCCUGUUUGCCCCGGGCAUCACCCACCCGCCGGCCGCCCCUCCUGUAUGCUAGACCUGUCUGCCCGUGUGAUGAAGCUGUGAUCCACCAUGGCGGCGCAGUGUGACCAUCGGACGGGACGUCACCUCCACUGCCAGCGUCUGGAGCUGACGCGACCGCCGCUCUGCUGUGCCUCUCUGGGUGAUCUCAACAGGCGUGCGUGUGUGCGUGGGCGCCCAGGGCCGCCGCGUGCCCGGCUGGACGUAAGAGGGGCUGAGUAGUGGCGCCCAGCGCGAGAUAACUCUGUUGGCAAUGUCACUUGUUCGCACGGUGCUCGCCCUGUCGCCGUGUCUACCGUCCGCCGAAAUGGCUCGCCUAACGCGGGACCUGUUUGUUACAUUAAAAGUGCGAUGUAAAUCAAAACACGGAAGGAAAUACACAGG